UGCGGGUGACGAUGAUGAUGAUGAUGAUGAUAAUAAUAAUAAUGAAAAUAAUAAUUAUCGUUUACCAAAAUUUGAGCUAAUGAAAUUUAAAAAUAAAAAUCCUUCCAUCGAUCAUCCAAGCCAUAAACAACAAACAACAUUAUUUAAUGAUAAUAAUCCGAUGAACAUUGAUAAUAAUCAUGGCCAUCAUCAUCCAAAACAUUCAAAACAAAAAAACAAAUCAAUGAAUAUUAUUAAGGAUAAUGAUGGCCAUAAUGUAAUUACUAAAUGUGAUCCAUCUUCAUUAUCAUCCAAAUCAUCAUCCAAAACAACAAAAAAAGAUUCGAAUAGAUGUCAUUCAAAUAUAAUACUAAAACAACGUUAUCAAAUCAGGAAUCAGGAGGAAACACGAAUGGAACAACAACAAGAAGAAAAAAAUCAAAAAUUUUCCAUUUGCAAUAAUAUUCAUGGUGAUGAUGAUAAAGCUCAAAAUAACAAAGGAAAAACAGUGCCCAAAACAUCAUCCGAUUCUUCCAAAAUUGAUGAUACAGGUACCGAAAAAAUAAAAAGUCCAAGAUCACGAUCCAGGCAACGAACAAACGUUCCACAUCAUGAUAAACAAUAUUUGAAUCAAAAACAAAUAUCACCAUCAUCAUCAUCGAACAAAACAAAUCGUCAUUCAUUGAAUAAUAAUUCAAGGAAAAUUGAUGAUUUUUGCCAUGAUAAUCAUUGUCAACAAAAUAAUGAUGAUCAUCAAAAACAACAAUCAACCGAUAUCGAUCAUAAACAAUCGAUUUCUUCAACAACAACAAAAUGCUUAACGAAGAAAAAAUCCAAAAAUAAAAUGAUUGAUAAUGAAAUAAAUCCAGCAGAAGCAGAUUUUGAUUGCAAUAAUCAAUAUGUUGAUCAACCACAGCAACAUGAACCAUUAUCACAAGUGCUUGUUACAUUAAAAUCACAGAAUCAAAAUCUAAUCAAAGAAGUUGAAGAUUUACGUAUAAAAUUGGAAGAUGCUGAAGGCGAUCUAAAAUUAGUACAAUGUCAAAUGAGACAGAUAUCCAAACAACAGUUGGAUAAAUCAAAUCAUCAAAAAAUUCAAUUGGAUUUAAAUCAACAGAUAAAUUGUAAACUACAAGAACAACAACAACAACAA